AUGACGAAGCAUGCAGGGACAAGGCCUGCACGGUCCCCGUGGAGUGCGGCGAGUAUGGCAGAAGAGGAGGAGGAGCCUUCGUCGCCGACGAUGUUGAUGGUGGAUGAGGACGAGCUCAGUUCAAAUUUCCUGGCGGACGUGAAUUUGGAUGCGUUUGCCGCGAGUCUCGAUACGUACAUUGCAUACCACGCGAAUCAAGCAGCGGCGCCGUCUGCACUUCCAGUGCCGAGCAUGGGAAUGCAGUCGGGCUCAUCUGCUGCGCAGCUUGCGCCGCCGCCCUCUUCUGCGCCGAACGCGCAGUCGGAAUUGUACAGCACGGCGAUCCAGAUUCUGACGUACGUCUUGGGACGUCCGCCGGAUGCAGACAAUGCUCCGAAGGUAGGCGCAGCUGCAUCUAUGUGGGAUAAUGGUGCUACUUCAGCGCACGCAAGUGACAGCGCACAGAUACAAACACUUGUAAACAAGCUUGCGGAGCGCCUCGGCGGCAACCAGCGUCCGAGCCAUACAGCGAGUGAGCAGGAGCUGACCGAGCUGCUCCAGACGCUCAUGACGCAGCAGCAGCUAUACAAAUAUAACCAACAGUCUUCCGACACGCCGAGCGCAAAAGGAUUUGCGGACCUGACAUUUCCCGAAGAAGAAGAAGAGGACGACCCCGACUUUCAGCCGGUCAGCGAGCCCAGAGACGAUCUUGUGCCCAGCGAGCUUGCAUGGACACAGGCCAUGCGUGAAGUAGUGAACGAGCAGCUUUUUUCUCCGACCGCGUCGCCCACAAAAGCGACGCGUGCGCGAACGCGGACCGAAGCCACGCCGCCGCCACUCGCUUCGUCCGUCCAUGCAUCGCCAGCAUUACCACUGCCUUCCAUACGCACACAACCACAGGCACUAGAGCCCGAGAAGCGCAAAAAAGGGCGUCGUUUGGUGUACACUGCCGAGGAAGCGGCCGACCGAAAACGCGUGCGGAAUAGACUGUAUAUGAGCCGCAAACGCAUGGGUGAGCGUGAUCGGUCGCCGCCUACUGCACCACACACCGAAGAUCUCGUGCUGGAGGCCGAGAACCGAUUUCUGCGUACGGAAAUCGAGCGGCUGCGCGAGGAAAAUGCGCGGCUGCGCGGCAGGGAAGAGAUGCGCAUGUAUGCUGCCCAGAUGGGCCUCGAGCCUGGGCGAGAUGCAUGGAGUGCAAGAUAG